AUGUCUCUUGCUAUUUCUUCACCGAUGCUUCCUCCUCCUCUUGUGCCUCCAGAUCUGUUAUUUCUUCACCCCUCUUCAGAUCUCGAGUCAGUAGCCCCUGCUUAUGCUCGCUGCCGCUCUCCGUCAGCUCCUGUCUUCGAAAAAUCUCCGCCUCCUCCAUUAGCUCGGUCUAGAAGUCUUCCGGCAUACCAUCACUCACGCUCGGAAAAUUCGUCGUCCUUAGCGUGGGUUAAAGUUUCGAAGCGGUCUGAACCAAAAGCAAAGGAUCCUCCUUCUCCUCAACGUUCACCGGUUCUUGUCACAAACUCCAAAUUUGAUGAAGAGGAGGAAGUGAUUUCUACUGCUCAGCGCAUUUUGAGAGCUCGUUUGAACGCUGUAGGUACCUCUAUUCCGGAUACUUCAACCGCCAUGUCAAGGAAGCAUGCUCGAAGAAAGAUAAGAGAGCAGCUCUAUAUCCUCUCCACCAGCGAUACUGGGGAUGGUGCUUCUUUUUCUACUGCGGGUUCAGCAAAAAAUAAUAAUUUUGGUUUAGCUUCUGAUGAACCGGUGCUCUCGCGCCGUGAUCAUUCUCAGGAGGCUUAG